UGUGACGGUCCUGUCUGCACUCUUAUCAGUGCAUGUGUCACACUCUGGCUGACCAGUUGACAGAGCAGGUGUAAGUGACACACUGAGCAGCAGUAGUCAGCAAUAUGUCUGUGAUAGAGUCAAAGACGGAGCUCUUCACCGUGGCUGGGACUGACACUGGGGACUCAGGGCCAGGUUCAGGGGUAGUCAACUCCAGGAAAAUAGUCACCACCUUUGAGAGAUUUAUCCAGCCGUGCUUGGCUGAGGUGUUAGGAUGCACUCUCUUCAUCUUCGUGGGAUGCGGGUCUGUUAUUGAGAAUGCCGGCGUUCCGGGGAGCAUCCAGCCCGCUCUGGCUCAUGGGCUGGCGCUGGCGAUUGUUAUCGCUGUACUGGGAGAGAUCAGUGGUGGCCACUUCAACCCAGCUGUGUCUGUGAGUGUGUGCGUCAGUGGAGGACUGGACGUCAUCCUACUGGGGCCAUAUAUACUCUCACAGAUAGUGGGGGGGGUGACUGGGGCUGGAUUGGCAAAGGCAGUUUACUCCAGCAUCAGCUAUGACAGUGCAGCAGGGGGAGCAUUCAACGUGGUUAAAACCAGUGGCAACAUCGGCAGUGCCGCUGUAGCAGAGAUGGUCAUGACCCUCUUCCUGUCCCUUGUGGUCUGUAUGGGGGCCGUCAACGGCAGGACCCGUACCCCACUGGCCCCACUUUGCAUUGGGCUCACUGUGACUGCUAAUAUACUGGCUGGCGGGUCAGUGUCUGGAGGGUGUAUGAACCCAGCGCGGGCGUUUGGCCCUGCAGUGAUGGCUAACUACUGGGAGUACCACUGGAUCUACUGGGUGGGACCGGUUGCAGGGGCCCUUAUCACUGGCAGCUUGGUCAGGUUGUUGUUUGGAGACCAGAAGACACGUCUUGUUCUGAAGUAAAAAUGUUAUCUUGGAGACACAGGGCAUUGUCUUCCAAAAUAUUGUAUUUCCCUUUAUAGCUUGCAGAACUUUUGUAUUUCACAUCUUGUCGUACACGUCAUAUUGUUUUGAACUGUACUGUAUAACAAAAACAAUUUGCAUAAGUACAGUACAUUCAAACCUAUGGUCACGUCUGGCCAUUCAACCCGUCAAUCAUUGUUUAUGUUUGGUUCAAAGGUCUUUAAUGGAAAACAUGAAUCGUUUUUACUAUUUUAUUACACUAUAGGUGGUGUAAUAACUUUUUGAACUCAACAGACGCAUUGAACUCACUGACUGAUUAAAUAAAUUCUAAAUCAUACUUCAACUGGCAUGCAUAAAUUAUUUUUAUUUUUUUUAUUUCACCUUUAUUUAACCAGGUGAGCUAGUUGAGAAAAAGUUCUCAUUUACAACUGCGGCCUGGCCAAGAUAAAGCAAAGCAGUGCGACACAAACAACAACACAUGGAAUAAACAAGCGUACAGUCAAUAACAUAAUAGAAAAAUAAUAAAGUCUAUAUACAGUGUGUGCAAAUGGCGUGAGGAGGUAAGGCAAUCAAUAGGCCACAGUAGCAAAGUUAUUACAAUUUAGCAGAUUAACACGGGAGUGAUAGAUGAGCAGAUGAUGGUGUGAAAGUAGUGAUACUGGUGUGCAAAAGAGCAUAAAUUGACAAGAUUUAUUGACAAAAUAACUAUUUAUUUUAUUUUAUGUUUUCACAUUUGCCAUGCAUCCCUGACAUUAACAUUGUCUCAAACAUAAAAUACACAGGACCAGUCAAAAGUUUGGACACAUCUAUUCAUUCAAGGGUUUUUCUUUAUUUUGACUAUUUUAUACAUUGUAGAAGAACAGUGAAGACAAAAACUAUGAAAUAACACAUAUGGAAUCAUGUAGUAACCAAAAAAGUGUUAAAUAAAUAAAAAUGAUUCAAAGUAGCCACUCUUUGCCUUGAUGACAGGUUUGCACACUCUUGGCAUUCUCUCAACCAGCUUCAUGAGGUAGUCACCUGAAAUGCUUUUCCAAAAGUCUUGAAGGAGUUUCUACAUAUGCUGAGCACUUGUUGGUUGCUUUUCCUUCACUCUGUUGUCCAACUAAUCCCAUACCAUCUCAAUUGGGUUGAGGUUGGGUGAUUGUGGAGGCCAGGUCAUCUGAUGCAGCAUUCCGUCACUCUUCUUUCUGGUCAAAUAGCCCUUACACAGCCUGGAGGUGUGUUUUGAGUCAUUGUCCUGUUGAUAAACAAAUUAUGGUCCCCACUAAGCGCAAACCAGAUGGGAUGGCAUAUCGCUGCAGAAUGCUGUGAUAGCCAUGCUGGUUAAGUGUGUCUUGAAUUCUAAAUAAAUCACUGACAGUGUCACCAGCAAAGCCACCAUCACACCCCCUCCUCCAUGCUUCAUGGUGGGAACCGCACAUGUAGAGAUCAUCCGUUUACCUAGUCUGCGUCUCACAAAGACACUGCGGUUGGAACCAAAAAUCUCAAAGUAAAGAACAGGUUUAUACCGGUCUAAUGUCCAUUGCUCAUGUUUCUUGGCCCAAGCAAGUAUCUUCCUCUUAUUGGUGUCCUUUAGUAGUGGUUUCUUUGCAGCAAUUCGACUAUGAAGUCCUGAUUCAAGCAGUCUCCUCUGAACAGUUGAUGUUGAGAUGUGUUUGUUACUUGAACUCUGUGAAGCAUUUAUUUGGGCUGCAAUCUGAGGUGCAGGUAAUUGCCCAUUUCUGAGGCUGGUAACUUUAAUGAACUUAUCCUCUGCAGCAGAGGUAACUCUGGGUCUUCCUUUCCUGUGGCGGUCCUCAUGACAGCCAGUUUCAUCACAUUGCUUGAUGGUUCUUGACAUUUUCCGGAUUGACUGACCUUCAUGUCUUAAAGUAAUGAUGGACAGUUUUUUCUCUUUGCUUAUUUGAGCUGUUCUUGACAUAAUAUGGACUUGGUCUUUUACCAAAUAGGGCUAUCUUCUGUAUACCAACCCUACCUUAUCACUACUUAACUGAUUGGCUCAAACGCGUUAAGAAGGAAAGGAAUUCCAUAAUUGAACUUUUAACAAGGCACACCUGUUAAUUGAAAUGCAUUCCUGGUGAAUCCCUCAUGAAGCUGGUUGAGAGAAUGCCAAGAGUGUGCAAAGCUGUCAUCAAGGCGAAGGGUGGCUACUUUGAAGAUUCUCAAAUAUAAAAUUUGUUUAACACUUUUUUGGUUACUACAUGAUUCCAUGUGUGUUAUUUCAUAGUGUUGAUGUCUUCACUAGUAUUAUACAAUGUAGAAAAUAGUUUAAAAAAAUAGAAAAACCCUUGAAUGAGUUGGUGUGUCCAAAUUUUGACUGGUACUGUACAGUGGGGCAAAAAGUAUUUAGUCAGCCACCAAUUGUGCAAGUUCUCCCACUUAAAAAUAUGAGAGAGGCCUGUAAUUUUCAUCAUAGGUACACUACACUAACUAUGACAGACAAAAUGAGAAAGUGGAGGGAGUUGAAAGUUCGUGUUGCCCAGCAACAGCCCCAAAACAUCACUGCUCUAGAGGAGAUCUGCAUGGAGGAAUGGACCAAAAUACCAGCAACAGUGUGUGAAAACCUUGUGAAGACUUACAGAAAACGUUUGACCUCUGUCAUUGCCAACAAAGGGUAUAUAACAAAGUAUUGAGAUAAACUUUGGUUAUUGACCAAAUACUUAUUUUCCACCAUAAUUUGCAAAUAAAUUCAUAAAAAGUCCUACAAUGUGAUUUUCAGGAUUUGUUUUUCAUUUUGUCUGUCAUAGUUGAAGUGUACCUAUGAUGAAAAUUACAGCCCUCUCUCAUCUUUUUAAGUGGGAGAACUUGCACAAUUGGUGGCUGACUAAAUACUUUUUUGCCCCACUGUAUAUGUGGACACCCUUUCAAAUAAGUGGAUUCAGUUAUUUCAGUCACACCCGUUGCUGACAGGUGUAUAAAAUCGAGCACACAGCCAUGCAAUGUCCAUAGAUAACCCUUGGCAGUAGAAUGGCCUUUCUGAAGAGGUCAGUGACUUUCAACGUGGCACUCUCAUUGGAUGCCACCUUUCCAACAAGUCAGUUUGUCAAAUUUCUGCCCUGCUAGAGCUGCCCUGCUCAAAUGUAAGUGCUGUGGUAGGUCACAAAAGCUCACAGAACUGGACCACUGAGUGCUGAAGUGUGUGUGUAAAACGUAGUGUGUAAAAAAUAGUCUGUUCUUGGUUGCAGCACUUACUACCAAGUUCCAAACUGCAUUUGAAGAAGCAUUGCGCAUGCCUCAAGAACUGUUUUGUCGGGAGCUUCAUUAAAAUGUGUUUCCAUGGCCGAGCAGCCGCACACAAGCCUAGAUCCCCAUGUGCAAUGCCAAGCGUUGGCUGGAGUGGUGUAAAGCUCACCACCAUUGGACUCUGGAGCAGUGGAAACACAUUCUCUGGAGUGAUGAAUCACGCUUCACCAUCUGGGUUUGAUGGAUGCCAGGAGAAUGCUACCUGAGCGAAUGAAUAGUGCCAACUGUAAAGUUUGGUGGAUGAAUAAUGGUCUACUGGUGUUUUUCAUGGUUUGGGCUAGGCCCCAUAGUUCCAGUGAAGGGAAAUGUUAACGCUACAGCAUACAAUGACAUUCUUGACAAUUCUGUACGUCCAACUUUGUGGCAACAGUUUGGGGAAGGCUCUUUCCUGUUUCAGCAUGGCAAUGCCAACGUGCACAAAGCGAGGUCCGUACAGAAAUGGUUUGUCGAGAAUGGUGUGGAAGAACUUCACAGAGCCCUGACGUCAACCCCAUCGAAUACCUUUGGGAUGAAUUGGAAUGCCGACUGCGAGCCAGGCCUAAUCGCCCAACAUCUGUGCCCAACCUCACUGAUGCUUUUGUGGCUUAAUGGAAGCAAGUCCCUGCAGCAAAUGUUUCAAGAUCUAGUGGAAAUUCUAGCAGCAAAUGGGGGACCAACUCCACAUUAAUGCCUAUGAUUUUGUAAUGAGAUGUUCGAUGAUCAGGUGUCCAAAUACUUUUCGUCAUGUAGUGCAUGUCAAUAUAGAAAACAUUGUGAGUAGACAACCUUGACAAUGUCCUCCCAUUUAACUGUGAGAUAGUGCUAAAAUUACCUUGAUCAAUACACGUCUAAACUCUGUUCGCCUUAGCUUUGCCAAUUUAGCAAUUGAAGUUUACUUCAGGCUAAGAGGUCCUUUGUUGAACUAGUAUGAACAGCCUCUGUCAGAAAGACAUUAAAGUGCUGACUAGAAUAUGGCUCAAAUAUCCAAGGUUUAUUGUCAGUGGGGCAAUAAGACAAUAUCACCAGUGAUUAUACAUUUCAAGACACUAUCAUAAGUUGUUCACUUGUAUCCCAGACACUCAGUCAGACUCUUGAGGUCCAGUCAGACCAGACAUCGUGUGUGUGUCAGUGAUCGAGAACGUUGAGUCUGCAGGCAUGGUACAGCCGGCGCUGGUCCAUGGCCUGGCAGUUGUCGUCAUGGUGACAUGCAUGGAUCAGAUCACGUAGGACUCACCUGUACUGACCUGGUUGAUCUUUCCUGUGUGAUCUUACCUCACCUGGCUUUUUCUUGCAACUUGAAGCUUUGGUUGCAGAAGCUAAUGGUAUGCUGUGCAGAUAACCAUUUUUUGUUCUCUCAAAAUAUAAAUUGGAAUAUAUUUUGGAAUUGAAAUUUUCAGAAAAAAUGUAUGUAUGAAAAAUAGUUUGUUAUAGACAGAAAUAAUUUAAUAUAAUUUAAUUUGAAUAACUAAAUCAGUGUUCAGGCUUUUAUUUUUGUUGGGUUCUGAGAGUAUGAAAUAUACUUAUUCAUGUCACUGAUGGAGUGCUGAGGUUUAAAGGGUCUACACCAGAAGUUAUAGGAGGAAGGUAUGUAGUGUGUGCAACUAAGCUUGGAAUGUGUUAACUUUUGGUCUGAAUGCAGCUGUAUUGAUCCUUUGGGCAGAAUAAACUUUGUUCAGCUUUCAUAAGGUCCGUUGAGUUUUUUACUCUGAGAAUUGGAACCUAACAUUUUCAUGCAACUGAAUGGGUCCCAUUUAAACCCUCCCUUCACCAUCUAAUUGUGUGGCGGCAUGCAACUGUUCAUGGUUAUGCCAUACCUUAUCAGCCAGUUAAUAGGAGGGGUGCUGGGAGCUGCCAUGUCAAAGGUCAGUUGGGUUAUUAAUGUUCACCUGCGGUAACCUCUAAUGAACAGUUGCAGUGGUAUAAAGGGAGAACAAAUUAUAAUUCUAUAGCGGAAAGGACAUUCUCUUCCACCAGCUGGUUCUCUUUGAGCCUGGAUACAAGGUUAGGGAAAGGCAUGCUUAUAAAGUUAAGAAAAUCAAUCAAUUAAUCAAUUCAUUAUAUGUGUAGGCCUAGCACUUUUUCUGAAUAGAUUUGUCACUAAUGUGAAGUAGUGUCCUGCUGUGCUUAGCACCUGCAACAUGUAGGUCAGCAGUUGACAGUUGUAUACUGUCCUUCAGAUGAUAUCAAAGGAGAACUACACCAAUGCCACUGGAGUGGCGUUUACCAUCCUCCAAUCAGAGGACCAGCUGGUGGGGGCAAAUCUUUGGAGAGAUUGCCAUUAUGUGCCUGGUUUCCAUGGUAGUGUUGCUAGUGGCAGUUAACUCAAAGAGCAAAAGUCCCAUGGUGCCUUUCCUGGUAGGCUUUACGGUCAUCAUCAACAUUCUAGCAGGGUGAGCUGAAAGAAUAUAUUAAUUAAAUUGUACAAUAUUUAAGAAUAUAACAUUACAUUUUUAAAUCUGCCCUAUUAAAUAGGGCUGGUUUCACAGACAAGGCUUAAGCCUAGUCCCAGAAUAAAAUGCCUGUUUGAGCUGUCUUAACUCAAAGCGACUUGCACAGUCUUAUCUUAAAAUAGUCAUAGAUUUAGCCUGUUUUGGAUUAAACAAAGCCGAUUGCAAGAGGGAGGAUUAGAGCUACUCCAGGACUAAAUUGAAGCGGAAAUGAAUCCUUCAAAGAGGCAGGUUUUACUUCUGCUUAGUAUUGUUUGUGAGGGGCGGCAGGGUAGCCUAGUGGUUAGAGUGGAAUGUUGCAAGUUCAAAACUCCCGAGCUGGCAAGUCUGUCGUUCUGCCCCUGAACAGGCAGUUAACCCACUGUGCCUAGGCCGUCAUUGAAAAUAAGAAUUUGUUCUUCACUGACUUGCCUAGUUAAAUAAAGGUAAAAUAAAAAAAUAAAAAGGGAGCAUGGAUGAUUUGGAAUAUCUAAAUGAAGACCAACAUGCACUGAAAAACUGAGUUGAAAUGUAUUUGGCUAAGGUGUAUGUAAGCUUCCGACUUCAACUGUAUCUUUGCUUGAACCUAGACUUUCCUCGCUGUCUCAAAGAGGAAGGUCUUCACCCAAGUUCUGAUCGCUUUGAGGUUUUUGGCAUCUGGAAUCUUUCAUUGUGAAACUGGUGAUUUGUGUGCUGCCAGUGAAGCAACUGUGUGUAGAAUGAUAAAGACUCCUGAACUGAGGAGUCUUUACAUCAAGUUUCCUGAUGCUGCCAACUAUAAAGUGCAAUUCUAUGAAUAUGGUCACUUCCCGGGAGUGAUUGGCUGUAUAGAUGGAUGUCAUGUUCCCAUCAAGUGUCCAUCAACUCCUGAUGCUGAAGAGUACAGGAAGUGACAGGAAUCCUCCAAUGGAAGAUCAGGAUCAAGCAGAUGUGCUAAUAGCUGAGGCAGGCAAUGACCAAUGAGGACUUGCACACAGAGUUGCUUUCACAUUGCAGCACUUCAACUAGAUGAGAUGCAUUUGAAUAUGGAAUGUAUUCAUUAUGGCUUAUUUUUGCUUUGAUAAUGUUUGUUCUGUACAAAAUUAAAAUAGUGACUAAACCAAGGCUGGUUUAAAAUGUAGUUUGUGGUGAUUAAAAUGACAAAACCUUUUUUAUUUUUUUACAUAUCAUAUUGUUCACCAUGGCUGGUAAUCACAACUGUCUCAUUACUGUAUAUUUUUUGGAUCAUAACUCUCUCUUCCAACUCCAUAUUCAAUUCAACCUGUAAGAUUCCUCAUUUUCCUUUCAUGUUCUUCCUUCAGAUAUUUAAUUUUAUGCUCAUGAAAUUCUCUGGCUAACUUUUCAUGCAUGGUCAUCUUUUUUGUUCUCUGCUGAAAGGUGGUGGCAGCGUCUUCUCUCCGGGAUGCUAUAGCAGAUGUGGAGGGUACACACACACUGUGCACUGGCUCUUCCAACCUGUUCACAUUCCUUUCCUCUGUAAAAAGAACACUGUUAGAAGCACAAAUAAACGCAUAUGGUCCUUAGAAUAAAAUUAAAAUAAAGAUUGACACAGACAUUCGAAUAUAUUUACCAAAGGAAGUAACCAAUUUUAUUUCUUUGGUAUAUGUACCAUUUUUGCUGAGUUCUUCAUCUGAACUGUCCAAAUGGUCAUCGUCUGGUAUACCAUCCAGAGGUUGGUCAUCGUCUGGUAUACCAUCCAGAGGUUGGUCAUCGUCUGGUAUACCAUCCAGAGGUUGGUCAUCAUCUGGUAUAUAUCUGGUGCUCUAUUAUUACAGACAGCAAAUCACUCAAUUCAUCAGUCUUGUCUUUUUUGGGUGGUCCACCAGCAGUAGUAAAUUACUCUCUUCUGAUCUCUGCAUUCUCUCUUUUUAAAGCCAGUUUAAUGUCAUUCCACAGAGUAUUUGAAGGCAGAUAUAAUUCAAUAUAAGUGAUGUCACAAAAAUAUGAAUAUGAGAAAUGUGAAAUUCUGAUAAUAAGGAAGAUAUCUUGUGGCGAAAUCUGCUCGGAGCCUUCACCGUGCGCUGCCACUUUAAGAGCGCAUGAGCAGUAAGGAAGGAGGAAAUAAAGAGAGCUCGUUCAGCUCUUUGGGGAGGAACUCUUGGGUGGCGCAACAGUUUGAUUGUGUGUGCUGUGCUGCAGAAGUUUUGUUUGUUUUCAGCGUUUGUAGUUUAUAAUGUAGUUAACUCAAUCAUCGGUGUGAUCGCUUUAGAUCGUGGUUGUUUUUGUUUGGGACCGCGCCCGUUAUGGAUCGCAUGGAUUAGUAGCAACAUUGUUGCGAAGCUUUAACAAACAAACCAACAAACCAUCGGACAGUCAGACACCGGCAGGCCUGAAGACCACAGCUAAGAUUGAUCUUUUUCUCUCUCUUUCUCUUCCCUCUCAUUCCAGUGCUUUACCCUGCAACAGACUCUCUAUUUUUUAAAUGCACUUCGCAUUGAAGUUCAUUAGAGCUGGACUAUUAUUUCCCUGCCAGAAGUAUUUGGAUGGACAUUUUAGUAGGUUACUUACAAGUUGUAUAUUAUGUGAACUGUAUUGAGGUGGGGUGUACUAAUGACAUGUGGCCGAGAAGACUGUGGACAUUUUUAAGGCCUUUGUUGUGUCGAUGAACACCCCCCACAUUCAUACCCUCUGCACUCAUCCACUAGAAAAUAAUACAGAUUAUUGUAAAUCCUAUGUUGAUGACUGGGUUCGUUCUUGUAUGAAGUUGCUGUUGAAUUGCUCUGCCAUUAUUAUUAGUAUUAUUGUAUGAGGUAUUCUUGUUUGGGUUACCCCUGUGCUGUGAUGUGGGUUUUAUAUGGUGUGUAUUCUCUUUUCUCUCCACUGGCUAUCUGGUAAACAGGCUACACUCUAGGCAGUCUCUUCUGCUGAUGUGUGUGGGUCUGGUAGUGGUACUCUCUCUAUUCUACUCUUUUCCUUUCGGCAUGGUUAAUACCUGCCUGGUGCCCGAAAAAAAUCUUUACAAUCUCACCUGACGUUGUUGUACUCUUCUGGUGGUUACAUUUUCAUUUGCAUUGAAUUAACUGCAAAUUGCAGCCCAACCAUUCUUUCUUCUGCUCAAUAGCAGCAGUAUUAUUUUUACCUUCAAUAACUGGAUGGAUCCACAAAAGUAGUUUUAGUAUCUUUUUCAUACUCACUAUAGUUUUUUGAACAAAUUAUUUUUUCCUCUGCCAUUGUUUUGUCUCAAGAUUCACACCAGUAACUGUGUUUUCUAUUCCAUUCCGGGUUUUUAUGAGCACCAUUAGACCAACAGCAUGUGCUCAUACUUAACCUAAUCAUGCUUAGCCUAGGUGUUCUCAUUUAGGCUUACUUACCUUAUUACUCCAUAGUCUCCAACUAACUAAGCCAAAUUUAAUGAAAGAUACUUAAAUGUCCUAGUUUAAUUAAGGCCUACUCUUGGCUUAAUCUAAGCCCUGUCUCUGUAACUGGCCCUAGCUAGACUAUUACAAUAACCACAUGCUCAAAAAUCACCAAUAGUCCGUUUCAUUAACAUUGCCAAGUUUGUAUCAUGUGCCUGAGAAUGUCCCCUUUACCAAACAGCCUCUCUGUGUAGACUGUAAUCCUAGAUAUGAGUGUGUGCAGCAGUUAACCAGUCUGUGUGCUGGUGCAGAAGGGAUGUGUCUGGGACCUGUCUGAAGCCAGCCAGGGCUCUGGUGCCAGCGGUGAUGGCCAACUACUGGACCUACCAUUGGGUUUACUGGGCUGGUACUAUCGCAGGAGGUCUACUGGCGUGUUUUUUUUUUCUUUAUUCAAAUUCCAUUUUGAAGGUAACAAGUUCAAAUAUAUUACAAACAUAUGUAGAUCCUUCAACAGUGUGGUUGAUAUACUGUAUACUGAAGACCGAAUUUAGCAAGUUGACUGUGUAAAGGUAAAUGAGGAGACGUAAAAGGUACAAAUGCAGCGGCUAAUAGCACCAAAGGCUAAAAGGCCAAUAGCCUGGUGGCUAAAGAGCAUUGCUAAUAGGCAAACGUCCAAAAAGGGCAAUUAUGCUGUGCCUUAAACACCAUGUGCGAAUUGAUUGCCCCCCCUCUAUCUUCAGAGCUCGUGCUGUUAGGUGACCUAAACUGGGACACGCUUAACACCCCGGCCAUCCUACAAUCUAAGCUUGAUGCGCUCAAUCUCACACAAAUUAUCAAUCAACCCACCAGGUACAACCCCAAAUCCGUUAACACGGGCACCCUCAUAGAUAUCAUCCUAACCAACCUGCCCUCCAAAUACACCUCUGCUGUCUUCAACCAGGAUCUCAGCAAUCACUGCCUCAUUGCCUGAGUCCGUAAUGGGUCUGUGGUCAAGCGACCACCCCCGUCACUGUCAAACGCUCCCUAAAACACUUCAGUGGGCAGGCCUUUCUAAUCGACCUGGCCCGGUUACCUUGGAAUGAUAAUGACCUCAUUCUGUCAGUAGGGGAUGCCUGGUUAUUCUUUAAAAGUGCUUUCCUAACCAUCUUAAAUAAGCAUGCCGCAUUCAAAAAAAAUUGAACCAGGAACAGAUAUAGCCCAUGGAUCACUCCAGACCUGACUGCCCUUGACCAGCACAAAAACAUCCUGUGGCGUACUGCAUUAGCAUCGAGUAGCCCCCGCAAUAUACAACUUUUCAGGGAAGUUAGGAACCAAUAUACAAAGGCAGUUAGGAAAGCAAAGGCUAGCUUUUUCAAACAUAAAUUUGCAGCCUGCAGCACCAGCUCCGAAAAGUUCUGGGACAAUGUAAAGUCCACGGAGAAUAAGAGCACCUCCUCCCAGCUUCCCACUGCACUGAGGCUAGGUAACACUGUCACCACCGAUAAAUCCGCAAUAAUUGAGAAUUUCAACAAGCAUUUUUCUAUGGCUGGCCAUGCUUUCCACCUGGCCUCCCCUACCCCGGUCAACAGCCCUGCACCCCUCUCUGCAACUUGCCCAAGCCUCCCCCAUUUCUCCUUCACCCAAAUCCAGAUAGCUGAUGUUCUGGAGGAGCUGCAAAAUCUGGACCCCUACAAAUCAGCAGGGCUAGACAAUCUGGACCCUCUCUUCCUAGAAUUAUCAGCUGAAAUUGUUGCACCCCCUAUUACUAGCUUGUUCAACCUCUCUUUCGUAUCAUCUGAGAUCCCCAAAGAUUGGAAAGCUGCCGCGGUCAUCCCUCUUGAAGAGGGGGAGACACUCUAGCCCCAAACUGCUACAGAUCUAUAUCUAUCCUACCCUGCCUUUCUAAGGUCUUCGAAAGCCAAGUUAACAAAUAGAUCACCCGACCAUUUCGGAUCCCACCGUACCUUCUCCGCUAUGUAAUCUGGUUUCCGAGCUGGUCAUGGGUGCACCUCAGCCACGCUCAAGAUCCUAAACGAUAUCAUAACCACCAUUGAUAAAAGACAAUACUGUGCAGCUGUAUUCAUCAACCUGGCCAAGGCUUUCGACUCUGUCAAUCACCACAUUCUUGUCGGCAGACUCAACAGCCUUGGUUUCUCUAAUGACUGCCUUGCCUGGUUCACCAACUACUUCUCAGACAGGCAUAGCCCAUCUGUAAAUAGCCCAUCCAACUAUCUCAUCACCAUAUUGUUAUUUUAUUUAUUUUGCUCCUUUGCACCCCAGUAUCGUUACUUUCACACUCAUCCUUUGCACAUCUAUCACCCCAUUGUUUAAUUUGCCAUACUGUAAUAAUUUCACCACUGUGGCCUAUUUAUUACCUCACCCCCCUUAUCCUAUAUCAUUUGCACACACUGUAUAUAGACUUUCUCUAUUGUAUUGUUGACUGUAUGUUUGUUUACUCCAUGUGUAACUCUGUUGUUGUUUGUGUCCCACUGCUUUGCUUUAUAUUGGCCAGGUCGCAGUUGUCAAUGAGAACUUGUUCUCAACUAGCCUACCUGGUUAGAUAAAGGUGAAAUAAAAAUAUAGAUUACAAAAAUGCUUCUGGGCCUCAAGACUAUAUAGUCAUUCUGAUUUAUGUAAACAUCAUUAGACGUUGGUAGAUAUGAAACUGAUAGAACUUGCAGAUGAACAAUGAUAACAGUUAAACUUCUGCUACUUUAUCAUGUUAUGUGGAACAGAGUGGCGUUUUAGCAAGUUCAAGGUUGUUAGUUCCUGAGGCCUAGAAUUAUGUCCUAGUCGUCACUAGUUACCACAGCCACAAAGUCGUAAUUAUGGCUAAACCCCGCCUUUUUCUACAAGUUUCUUAAAAUCAGAUUUUAACUCUAACUUUAACCCUAACCACACAGCACAUUUUUGUUUUCUUGAAUUUUUACUAUACAGCCAAUUUUGAAUUUGUGGUAACUAGUGACAACAUCUGAGUCAAAGAGAUGUAUAGAAAACCACUUUUAUACAUUAGGCCAUUUGACGUUAAGUUUAGUCAGUUAGACAGUCAGGCAGGCAGGCUAAUUAUAUUAGGCAGGCGAGUUAUAUUAGGCAGGCAGGCUAAUUACACUGAACAUAAAUGUAAACGCAACAUGUAAAGUUUUUGUUCCUUGUUUCACGAGUUGAAAUAAAAUAUCUCCAGAAAUGUU